UGUGUGACAGUUCAUUCGUCGUCGGCUUGCACUGCACUGGGGUAAUCCGAGUCAGGCCUUUGUCAACUUCACUGGUCAAGUAAACAAACCCAGCGGCAAAGUCCACAACAAUGCCACAAAAGAAGAAAUUGAAUCAGAUAAGGAAAGAGUCCACAUACGUUCCACAACACGAUGAGGACAACAGCAUGUGCACGCCGUUACCAGCUACCAGUACCAGCAGUGAGCGUGCUGAGGCGGGCAUGGCGGACGAGAAGGGUGAACGCACUGCCUGCGCCACUGGUGAUGACUCCCACGGACUAACGCAGGAAGAGUACCCGGACGCUGAAUCCAGCGAUGGUGCUGAACCGGAGAUCCAAAUAAAAGCAGCGGAUGCCACACGCAAGCAUCCACUGUCGAGGGCCAAUAUCAUCUCGAAAAUAUUCUUUUGCUGGAUGUUCAAGUUCUUCAGAGUGGGCUACAGAAAACCGCUUGAAGAUGACGACUUGUAUGACGUCCUACCCCAGGACUCCACCAGGGUGUUGGUGGAAGCGCUGGAUAGGGAAUGGCAGCUGGAGCUUGAGAAGAACAAGAGGACGGGUGAGAGGCCGUCACUACGCCGCGCAAUAUGGAGAACAUUUGGCUGGGGCUACAUGGUGCUGGGCGUUCCUGCCUUCUUUGAGGAGUGCGUCUUCAAAGUGGUGCAGCCGUUGAUGAUGAGCCGUUUGGUCCUCUACUUCUCCACGGACCAGGUACCCACCGGCCAGGCCUACCUACUGGCUGCUGGCGUCUGCUUGGCCGCAUCAAUGACCAUGGUGUGUCACCACGUGGCCUUCUUUGGCGUGGCACGCUACGGCAUGCGGAUCCGUGUGGCCUGCUCCGGCCUCAUCUACAGGAAGGCGUUACGGCUCAGCAACCUUGCUCUUGGAGAGACCACUAUCGGCCAGCUAGUGAAUAUCUUGUCCAACGACGUCAACAGAUUUGAUCUGGCGUUCAUCUUCCUGCAUUACCUCUGGAUUGCUCCGAUCCAGCUGAUCCUGGUCACGGCACUCAUCUGGCGGGAGAUCGGCAUCUCAUGUCUGGCAGGCAUGCCCAUCCUGAUUCUCCUGGCCCCACUGCAGGGCUACAUGGCCAAGCUCUUCUCCAGGUUCAGAUCCAAGACGGCCUUACUGUCAGACGCCAGGAUCCGCAUCAUGAACGAGGUGAUAGCGGGGAUGCGCGUCAUCAAAAUCUACGCCUGGGAGCCAUCAUUUGCGAAGCUGGUCUCCGAAGCUCGAAGGAAGGAGAUCCGUAAGAUCAUGCACGCCGCCUACCUUCGCUCCUUCACCCUGGCGUUCUUCUUCGUGGCGCCCCUCCUCAUCACCUUCUGCACCUUCCUGGUCUACUCGGCCCUGGGCAACGCCGUGGUGCCCUCCAAGGUGUACGCCGUCAUCCCGCUCUUCUACGCCGCCCGGCUCUGCUCGGCCCUCUUCGUGCCCUUCGCCAUCAUGAACGGCACCGAGGGCCUCGUGUCAGUGCGGCGGAUCAAAAAUUUUUUGCUGAUGGAAGAGUUGGGUGUUGAUACCACGAUGACUGAUGCCUCCACCCCCAGUGAGGUGCCCGACGGGAUGGCCAUACAACUGAACCAUGUCGAUGUAGCAGCGGACGAUGACUGUGCCUCAUUAGUGCCUGCAGAGGACAGUGACUGCCCGCAACAACAGACGGCCAGUACCGAUCAGUCCGUGGAGUCGCCCACGCCCAGUACGGCCUUCCUGAACCACACUGGGGAAACUCUGGUGCAGGAAAAUAAGACUCGCUUCCUCUUCGACUUAAACGCUGAAACACACACCUCAGGGAUUUUAGUUGACAAGCUGAGAGGUUCCUGGACUAAGGAUAUGAGUAAUGCCGUUCUGGAAGGGAUCAGUUUCCGUGUUGAACCCGGAGAGUUGCUGGCUGUCAUAGGACCAGUGGGAUGCGGCAAGUCUUCCCUGUUGAUGGCCCUGCUGGGAGAGCUUCCGACCGUUGCAGGAGUCAAUGCCGUGAGCGGUCGGGUUGGCUACACAGCUCAGCAACCCUGGAUUCUGACUGGCUCACUCAGGGACAACAUCCUCUUCGGGAGUGAGUACAAGCCAGCCAAGUACCGGCAAGUCAUCCGGCAAUGCGCACUCACCAGGGAUAUUGAGCUGCUUUCCGACGGUGAUCAGACGCUGGUUGGCGAGCGCGGGGUGACCCUCAGCGGAGGUCAGAGGGCAAGGGUCAGUCUGGCCCGGGCCGUGUACAGUGAUGCUGAUGUGUAUCUGUUGGACGAUCCCCUGAGCGCAGUGGAUCCAGCAGUCGGGAGGCACCUCUUUAGCAAGUGCAUCUUGAACUAUUUGAGCAGGAAGCCAAGAAUCCUGGUGACUCACCAGCUGCAGUUCCUUGACAAGGCAGACAAGAUACUUGUCCUUAAACAGGGCAAAGUAGCCGACUACGGAACGUACCAGCAGCUCCAGGAACAGGGCAUAGACUUCUCAGCCCUUCUGAGGAAGAAAUCAGAAGACAGGGACUACGACGAAGACGUGGAGGAAGAGAUGCUCCCCCGGCUGGAGAGACAGCUCUCUGUCAUGUCCAGGACCUCCCUCUGCUCCUCCAUACCCGAUUUUGAUAUUGAGGAGCCCCCAAAUGUCGUGCCCGAGGAGACAGCAGUCGGCACCGUAGGAGUUAGUGUUUACCUUAGGUACUUCAAGGCUGGUGCCAAUGUGUUGCUCCUUCUUUUCUGGUUGAUAAUGGUCCUUGGUGCACAGGCUGUCUUUUCAUUGAGUGAGUGGUGGCUAUCACAGUGGGCGUACGCGGAGGAACAGAACCUGGCAGCACAGAAUCUAACCAGUCAGUAUGACGACUCCUUUGUCCAGUUUGAGAAUCGGACUUUCUACAUCCAGCCCUACGCCAUCAUGUGCAGCGUCACGUUUGUGACAUGCUUCAUUCGGAGCUUCCUGUUCUUCCACAUCUUUGUCACGGCCGCCAGCUGCCUCCACAACCAGAUGUUCCGUUCCAUCAUCCGGGCGCCCAUGCAGUUCUUCGACACCAAUCCUGUCGGUCGCGUCCUGAAUCGCUUUGCCAAGGACAUCGGUUUCAUGGACGAACUCCUGCCCGCAACAUUCACCGACUUCCUUCAGAUAAUGGUGCUGACCGUUUCCACGGUCAUAGUGAUCUCCGUCUUCAAUCCCUUCUGUUUGACCUUCACGGUGCCCAUUUUCAUUGUCUUCAUCUUCACCCGCCGGUACUACCUGGCUUCCUCACGGGCCGUCAAGAGGUUGGAAAGCAACGCAAGGAGCCCCGUGUUCUCCCACCUGUCGGCCACUCUGAACGGACUCAGCACGGUCCGGGCAUUCCGAGCCCAGCGACGUUUCACCACCGAGUUUGAUGAGUACCAGGACAAGCACACCCGGGCCUGGUUCCUCUUCCUGGCCACAUCCCGCUGGUUUGGGGUGCAGCUAGACAGCUUCAGCGUGCUCUUCAUCUGUGGCGUCAGCUUCACCAGUGUCGUAGCCAUAAACUAUCUGGAGCUCAACUCAGGAAUUGUGGGGCUGUCGCUGACCUACGCCAUCAACUUGAUGGGGGCUUUCCAGUGGGGGGUCAGGCAGAGCGCCGAGGUAGAGAACCAGAUGACGUCAGUGGAGCGCGUCUGCCAGUAUGUGGACGUCAAGUCAGAGGCUCCGUUGGAGACCGACCACAAGCCACCCUCCGAUUGGCCAAAGUACGGACUCAUCACGUUAGAGGGCACCUCGUUGAGCUACACAGAAGACGGCCCAGAAGUCCUCAAGAAGAUAUACUGCUGCUUCAGAUCAAAAGAGAAGGUGGGCAUCGUGGGAAGGACGGGGGCUGGCAAGAGCUCCCUGAUGACGGUGUUGAUGCGACUGGCCGAACCAACAGGCACCAUCAUGAUAGACGGUAUCAACACGGCCCUGAUCGGGCUGCACGACCUCCGCAAGAAGGUCUCCUUCAUCCCACAGGAUCCGGUUCUGUUCAGUGGUUCGUUACGCAGGAACCUUGAUCCCUUCGACAACCACUCAGACAUGGACAUAUGGAGAGCUCUAGAAGAGGUGGAGUUAAAGCCGGCGGUUGAGGAGCUUCCUGACAAGCUGGAGGCAGUCCUCACAGAGGGAGGCACCAACUUCAGUGUGGGUCAAAGACAGCUGCUGUGCCUGGCCAGGGCCAUCCUGCGUAAGAACAAGAUCCUGAUAGUGGACGAGGCCACGGCCAACGUUGACGUCAGGACGGAUCGGUUAAUCCAGGCAACUAUCCGACAGAGAUUCAAGCACUGCACGGUCCUAACCAUAGCUCACCGCCUCAACACCAUCAUGGACUCCGACAGGGUCUUGGUGCUUGAUGCAGGGCGGCUCAUCGAGUUCGACGAGCCCUACAUCCUACUCCAGAAGGAAGGCGGCGCCUUCACCGAAAUGGUCAAGGAGAUGGGCAAGGCCGAGAUGGCCAAACUCCAGGAAGUUGCACGGGAGAAGUACCGUGAGCGGAACCCCUCCGAUCCCUACGGCCUCUUCGACCCGGAGAGGAGGUCCACUUCACCGAUAAGGCGCUACACCUCUCCUACAGGCCGACGGACUGUCAGCAUUGAGACCUCUUUGUAAAUAUGAAGAUGCCCUCACCCAUGUCAGACAGAAAGGGUUCCUUGCCAAACCCAAUAAAUCGCUACAUGGACAAAAGCCGGUAACAUCAGCUGUGGCGUUUUCUCUGCAGAUUUUGCAAUACAUGUACAACCUUCUCAGUCAGCCCUGGAAAGCCCGCAUGGGUUUAACGUCUCUUAAAAUGCCUUGUAAAGUGGUACCAGUGGAAGUGAUGCAGAAACUGACCAUCACAACUGUUCUGAGUGGGAAGUAUCAUUCUCCAUAACAGACAAGAUCUGGAGCAGCAGUGUAUAGACUGAGGAAAAAUUUGGGGGGGAGAGUGGGCACUUAGGGUGGCAGCACGUUUUCGAGAUGCACUGAAAUCAACUAAACUGUGGCGUGUGUGUCUAAGCUUGUUUAUUUUAAGAUUUAAAAGGGGGGGGGACACCAGAGAACAUGGCAAUCCCCUGGGAAAGGGGGGCUCCCCUCCCUUGUACAUGUAAUUAUGCCAGUGGGCUGGAAUACGGUUAGCCCCUUAAAGCUUUCGACAUGUACAUGCACAAGCAUUUUAGGCAAUCCUCGGACAUUGCUUUGAAAUGAAUGGGUGGAGCUGUUCAUAGCAAAAUGACUGAAAUGUUUUUCUGCCUUAUAAAAAAUAUUUGUUUGGAAACACUUCGUUUCCAAUGGACAAUAUCAAAAUGUUAUGCACGUCUGAUAAUAAUGUACAAAAAAAUAAACUUUAUAAAGACCCUGUUACUGAUGCAUGUAAGGCAUCAUGAUAGCGAUUAUUUCUUAACUUUGAGCCAGUAUUUAUUGUUUCAGCAUGGAAAGAGUUUCGUUCGGCAAGUUACACGUUGUCACACAUUUGCACACCAAUUAAGCAGCCUGUGUACUGCACUGUACAUGUACAUGUCGCAGUUGGGCCUUGGACAUUGAUAGAAUAUGGAAAGACAAUGAAAGUGGAAGUUUUUUUUUUCGUUUAUUAGUUUGGAGGAAAGAAAACAUGUACUGUACGUGUAAUUUUAUUUGAAGUUCUCUUUAUUUAACAAGUCGGGCUUGGGAAAAGCUCCAAAUAUUCAAGCUUUUGUUAAUUUAAGGCAGUUUGGCAGUGUUCUUUAAAGACACAUUUGUACACAAUGUACAUGUACCAUUUCAGUAAGCUAACAGUAUGUUUAUCUUUACUUUGAUCAAGCCUCUUUUCUAGAUUGAUAACCAGUUUCAAAGUGGUUCCAUAAUGUUGAACAUUCCCUCAUAUGCAGCUUAAUGUUGUAACAAGUCUGAUUUGUUCGAAAACAUAUAUGUUUAUAUUAUAUAUAAGUGAAAAACAGCUUAUUACUGAAAGACCUGCCUGAAGGGCAAGUAAA